AGUAUAAUUACGUUUUGAUGCAAAUCAAGUCUUCAAACUGUUACUAACAGUUUUAGGGGUACUUGAGUUACUUUACACUAAAGUAACUUGAGUUACUUUAGACUAAAGUAACUUUUUUAGUACUAAAUAAAGUUGAGUACAAAAAAACAUAAGAAUGUUAAGUUAUUAUUGUACUAAACUAAACCUAUUUUUAAGGUUAUAAUAUUUAAAAAAUAUUAAUUUCAUUCUCUAUUUAAAAAUAAAUUUAUAAAACCAUUACAGACAUGCCUAGAAAAUGCUCAGUAGGUAAUUGUCGUGGAAAUUAUGACAGUGCAAAUGAGCAUGUAAAAGUUUACAAAUUUCCAAGUGACAAAGAAUUAUGUGAAAGAUGGUUAGCAGCUUUACCAAAUAAAAUUCAAUCACCAACAGACAAUAUGGGUGUUUGUGAAAAGCACUGGCCUUUGGGGUGUAGUAUGCACUAUCCAAAAAGAUAUAAAUAUCAGAUUCCAUCAGAUCCUCCUUCACUAUUUUCUAGGUGUUUUCCUUCAAUGUUACGACAAACAGGCAAAACAUUCCGUCAAACAAAUUUUGAAAAAAUUUCAAUUGAAUCAAGAAACUCAUUCUGUGAUGAACUCGAUUCUUUCAACAAGAUUGAUAAAAUAAAAAAGUCAAACAGUUUCUUACAGAUGUAAAGCAGCGGUUUCCUGAUUAUUUUGUUGUUACAAAUGCAUUGGAUCUGACUGUUUUUAAUAUGACAUUUAUUUAUUGCAAGAGAUUGAAUGUACAUAUGGAGAAAAAUCUGAUGAAAUAAAUUUUUUGAUUGAACAACUACAACUGCAGAUGAUGCCUGUGAGAGGCAAGCGUUACUCUACGCUAGUUGUACGACGAGCUUUAGAACUAUACCUUUCUUCAAGAUGCUGUUAUCGAAUUCUUUGUGAUACACUUUCACUCCCACAUCCAAGAACUCUUAAACUAAAAUUAGGCAGAAUCGGUGAAGUAGGAACACAAAAGGAAUGUGAAGAAUGUAUUAAAACCGUGUUUAAAGCAUUAACUAUUUCGGAAAAACGUUGCUGCCUGCUAUUUGAUGAGAUGUAUGUGAAACCAAGUAUACGUUUUCGUGGAUGUCAUUUAAUUGGUUAUAGUGAAGACAAUCCUGCUGAAAUUGCUAAGACAAUUCUUUGUUUUAUGAUUAAGCCAAUGUUUGGAAAACCAGCUUUUGUGUGUCGUAUGGCCCCAGUUUAUAAGCUAUCUGGCAUUUUUGUACAAAAUUUAAUUGUUGAAAUCACACAGACAGUUGCUAAACUUGGUGGAGUAAUUUUAUGCCUUAUCUCAGACAAUCUUCCCACAAAUCAUAGCAUAUAUCAAUUUUUUGCUUUAAGUUUAAAUGAGUCAUGGCUUGGUAAUAUUUGCAACCAAAGUAUAAUAAUGCUUCAUGAUCCAGUGCACUUGUUUAAAUCAAUUCGAAAUAACUGGCUUACAGAAAAAACUGGAACAAUUCAUCUGACAAUAAAUAGUCAAUUAUUUAAAGGAUAUUGGAAAGAUUUGGUAAGUUUAUAUGAAAAAGAAAAAAAUAAUGUUAUCAAGUUGACAAAUCUUUCAUACAAAGCUAUUCAUCCAGGUGUAAUUGAUCGACAAAAUGUCACCCAUAUGUGUGCUGUUGUUAAUGAGAAGACUGUAGCAGCCCUUAAAAUUUGUGAUUUUAAAGAGACAAGCGAGUUCCUUGAAAGAAUAUUAUUGAUAUGGAGUUACCUUAAUAUUAAACAAGAAGGUAUGGACAUACGUUUAAAUGAUCCAAAUAGAGCUUCAUACAAAUAUGUAAAUGAUAAACGACUUCAAGAGAUUUUGACAUUUGCUGAAGCUGUUGCAAAAAUGCCAGGAGGAAAGGGCUGGAAGCGGAACAAAUCAUUCACUAGUGAAACGAAAAUUUCUUUGUUGAAUAUGCUUUACGGAAUUGUAGAUUUAAUCCGAAAAUUGCUGAAUGAAGAUCAUCAAUAUGUUCUUCCCGGAAUAUUUCAGACAGAUCGGUUAGAAGGAGAAUUUGAAAUAUACAGGCAACUUUGUGGAGGCAGUUAUCAUGUUUCGGUUGAAGAAGUUAAAAAUAGUCUUCGUUUACAACGCCUGAAGUUGUUUAGUAAAUUGGAUGCUAUGGGUGUACCUAUUUCUCAAUGCUCAAUUAUUCAAUCAGAGUGUUGUCAAUUAGAUCUGAAUGAGGAUGACAUUAGUUAUCUUGAUACAUCUUUCUCUUCAAUUGAUGCAAUUUCCGAAGAAGAAAAUGCUGCCCUAUAUUACAUUUCGGGUUAUGUCCAGCAUAAAUUUUUACCAAGUAUAUCCGUAUCUGGUACCUUUGUUACCAAUGCAUCUGAGUUUACUGAGUUAGUAUCUCGUGGUCGACUAUGUCACCCUACUGAGGAUCUAUUUCAAUAUGUCAGAUAUGCGUAUUCUCUUUUUAUUUUAUUACCUAAUGCAGAGAUGCGGUUCCAGUGUGUUAGAUACAUUUCUAAACUUUUUAUAUAUUUCUAUACAGCUUUACCUUUCGAUUUACAAGCAUUACCAAUCAACACAGUUGUUUCCACCAUUUUGAAUUGUUUUUUCAAGGGUCUAACGAAAUUGAAUGAAUCGUCAGACAAAGUUUCUUUAAAUAUUGAAGACCGCAAAGUUAAAAAGUUUUGCAAAUAAAUCAAACAACACGCAAUAUGUGGUUAAAAUGGUUAUUUUUUAAAAUUGUUAACAUUGUUUUAACACAGAAGUUAGAUCAUUUUAGAUAAUCUACUUUUUUUGUUGUUGAAUUUUGAAAAUUCUUAUAUUUAUAAUUAUAUUUAUUAUUUAAAAUUCUUAUAUUUAUUAA